GUUGCUGAACACUAUAAAACCAGGACUUGUUAGGAAGAUCAAUAGAUUGCCCACCCCCAUUGCAGGGUUGGACAAUAUCAUCUUAUUCCUGAGAGGCUGUAAAGAGCUCGGCCUUAAAGAAUCUCAACUUUUUGACCCGAACGACCUCCAGGAUACGUCCAACAGGGCGACCCUCAGGAGCCUCGAUUGUAGUAGGAAGCUGAAAAAUGUGUUAGUGACCAUCUACUGGCUGGGCAAAGCCGCGAACAGCUGCGCGUCCUACAGCGGGAACACGCUGGACCUGAAGGAGUUCGAAGGGUUGCUGGCCCAGAUGAGAAAGGAGGCCGACGACGCGGACAGCCCGAAACGCAGCGUGCGGGACAGCGGCUACGUGGACUGCUGGGACUCGGAGCGCAGCGACUCGCUGUCCCCUCCCCGGCACGGCAGGGAUGAUUCCUUCGACAGCCUGGACUCCUUCGGCUCCCGCUCCCGGCAGACGCCGUCCCCCGACGUGGUCCUCAGGGGCAGCAGCGACGGGCGCGGCAGCGACUCGGAGCCGGACCUGCCGCACCUGCGCAAGCUGCCGGACGUGAAGAAGGACGACAUGUCGGCGCGGCGCGCGGCCCAUGGUGAGCCCCGGGCGGCCGUGCCUUUCAACCAGUACCUGCCCAACAAGAGCAACCAGACGGCCUACGUGCCUGCGCCGCUGCGCAGGAAGCGGGCCGAGCGGGAGGACCACCGCCGGAGCUGGAGCACCGCCACCUCCCCGCUGGGGGCGGACAGGCCCUGCAGCUAUCCCGAAACGAUAGAGGAGGAGGGGAGUGAAGUGGGGUCUCCCGGUGAAGAGGACCCGGCAGGCCGAGUGCAUCCUGGCGGGGAGCCUGCUGCCCACGGUGGUGGGGUAGAGCUCCCCGGCGGCGGAGGUGAGGAGCCCCCUUCUUCGGAUUGGGCUGGGCUGGCCCCGGCUCCCAAGUCUGCAGAGAAAGACACUGCUGACAUCCAAAAGCGCAGCAGGCUGGAGCAAGCUGGGAUCAAGAUCCGGUCGGCAGCCCGGCGCUUUGCGUCGAAAAAACAAUCCAGCGAAGAGAAAGAGGCUGUGGGCGCCGUCAGCCUCGCCCGGGAGGGAAGCCCUGUCCCGGCGUCCCAGCCCGGCCCCGGUCCGGAGCCAGAGGAGGAAGCCCCGCGCCGCCUGCCCGACCCGGAGAGGGACGACUUCGCGGUCAGGAGGGCCCGGGAGAGCCGGGCCAGGCCCGCGGUGCCCCUGCGCCAGCUCCUGUACGGGCCGUUCCCCGGGAAGCAGGCGCUGCAGCCGGGGGGCAGCGAGCAGCGGUCAAAGGGAGUCCCCGAAAAGAGGAGCCGGGAACAUAAGAGGAGCCAGGGCCCGACGGAGGAGGCGAAGGCCACGGAGCCCCGAGUCACGAGGGCCCAGGAGCGCGGCCCCGUGGAAGAGGGACUCAGGAAGGUGCCGGAUCUGUGCAAGGAUGACCUGGCCCAGCGGAGGGUCCAGGGCCGCCGACCGGCCCCUCUCAGAGACCCUCUGAGCUUUGUGGUCCCUGCCAGGAUAACCCAGGCGGACAUGGAGACCUGGGAGAGACUGAAGGUGUCGGAAGGGAGCAGGGACGGAGACGGCCCUCCCGCCCCUGCCCCCGAGCCUGCCACGGACAUCAAGGCAGAGACCGCCGCCCGAGACGACUUUGCCGGCCGCAGAGCCAGGGCUCCCAGGAGAGCGCCGGGCCCCGGGCAGAAGUUCGUGCACUUCGGGCCGGUGACAGAGAUAGACCAGCAGAGGUGGCAGCGGCUCAGCAUCGGCAAGCCGGGGCCUCGGGGGCCCCGAGACGGAGUCCCCGCCGGUCCCCGCGGGGACAUCCAGACCCACUCGGGGGCCCGGGUCCCGGAGGCGGCCGCCCCCAGCUCAAAGGAUGGCGGCAGGUAUAUCUUGUGCGUGAGCCCGAGCCUGGCCGACAUGCCACCGCCGACGGACGCCCGGCUCCCGCCGGCUCUGCAGCCGCACAGCCGGCCGCGCUCUACACCCGCCCAGGAGCAGCCUCUUCGCCAGCUCCCACCAGCCAGCUGCCCGCGACGGCGGUUCUGUCCCGAGCGGACUCGCGUUGCCUUCUGUAGGCUCGCCCGGGCCGUAUCCAGGCUCCCCAACUCGGAAGGGCAGGCGCGGAGCUGCGUGGGGCCUGAGGGACGCCCCUCUCUCUCUCCCCAGGACCUGGCUCGCUGGAAGAGCCGCCGAAGAAGCGCCUCUCAGGACCUCAUCAAGAAAGAGGAGGAAAGGAAAAAGAUGGAGCAGCUGCUGGCCGGAGAGGACGGGGCACGGGAACGGAGGAAAAGCAUCAAAACCUACAGAGAGAUUGUCCAGGAAAAGGAGCGGAGAGAGAGAGAGCUGCACGAGGCGUACAAGAAUGCGCGGUCCCGGGAGGAGGCGGAGGGCGUCCUGCAGCAGUACAUCGAGAGGUUCACCAUCAGCGAGGCUGUUCUCGAGCGCCUGGAGAUGCCAAAAAUUCUGGAAAGAAGCCAUUCCACAGAGCCAAACUCGCCUUCCUUCCCGAGCGACCCCAACCCCAUGAAGUACCUGCGGCAGCAGUCGCUGCCUCCGCCCAAGUUCACUGCCAGCGUGGAGACCACCAUCGCCCGCGCCAGCCUUCCGGAAGCCGGCGUGCCCGCGGGCGGCGGGUCUCCAGGCAAAACCGCCGCCCCCAGGGCCGUGCCUGUGCUGACGCCCAAGCCUUACGCCCAGCCCAGGAACUCCCAAGAGGUUCUGAAGACCUUUAAGGUAGGACAGGUCCCCACACCUCUCGGGCCGCUGAGACCCGACCGCGGUCGCCGGAACAGGGUGCGGACUGCACUCCGCGGCGGUGCCAAAGAACGGCCCUUGACAGUUUCCCUUUCCUCCUCUCACGUUCCCGCACGCCGUGCCACCCCAGAGCCGCAGCACUUCACGACAACGGUGACCCGGUGCAGCCCGACCGUGGCCUUCGUGGGUUUCUCCUCCGGCCCCGGCCCCCAGCCGAAGGACGAUGGGCAGGAGGGAACAUCCCAGAAGAAGCCGGAGAACGGGAUGAGCGGGAAGGUGGAGCUGGUGCUGUCGCAAAAGGUGGCCGUGGUGAAGCCAAAAUCCCCAGAGCCAGAAGCAGCCCUGACGUUGUUCUGGACACGAGCCCCUGAAGACAACCAACUGCAUUCAAAUCUCAGUCUCACAUGGUCUCCCCAAGCAGAUGAAAGUCACCUCGUGACUACACCUUUUAAGUUCUGGGCCUGGGACCCGGAAGAGGAGCGCAGGAGGCAGGAGAAGUGGCAGCAGGAGCAGGAGCGCUUGCUCCAGGAGAGGUACCAGAAGGAGCAGGACAAGCUGAAAGAAGAGUGGGAAAAGGCCCAGAAGGAGGUGGAGGAGGAAGAACGCAGAUACUACGAGGAGGAGCGCAGGAUAAUCGAAGACACCGUGGUUCCCUUUACCGUUUCUUCGAGCUCUGCAGACCAGCUCUCCUCUCCCUCCUCUGCGACCCAGAGCAGCGGGGCGACGAAUAAGAAGGACCUGGAAAACUGCCGGGACGAGACGCAGGAGGAAAGACGGAAGAAGCCGUUCCCGGAGGACGGUGGCGACUCGCUGGCCCAGCCCGGGGACGGCGGCCCGCGGGAGGAUCGGGGCAGCCUAACUCGAGGGGCCGAGGCUCAUUCUGAGAGCCCCGUGUCGGAAGGAAUACAGCCAGAGCCUCCGCUGGACGCAGAGGCUGGGGCCCCCCGCCGCGGGCCCAACCCACAGCUCCCUCAGGAUCCGACCCAGGGCCGGCAGGUGGCGAGCCCGGCUGCUCCCGUCACGGAGGAGACCAAGCCGAAACCCCUCCCGCCGGGCAGAGGCGCUAACCAUCAGAUCGAGUCCCCCAGCGAAAGGCGGAGGUCUAUAAGCGGGAAGAAGCUGUGCUCCUCGUGCGGGCUUCCUCUGGGCAAAGGAGCUGCGAUGAUCAUCGAGACCCUCAAUCUCUACUUCCACAUCCAGUGUUUUAGGUGUGGGGUCUGCAGAGGGCAGCUGGGGGACGCGGCCAGCGGGAUGGACGUCAGGAUCCGCAGCGGCCUCCUGAACUGCAACGACUGCUACCUGCGGUCCCGCAGUGAGUACCGGGGCGUCUCGAGAGGACGCGGAGCCGUGGGGUCACAGGCCUAUGGGAGGGCCCGGCCUCGUGACUCAAGCGCCUUCCCCUGUCGCUGGACCCUCCUACGCGGAGAGAAAGUUCUCUUAACAUCUGGGUGGAAGAAAUGACAAUGAAACACCCCUUGAUUUACCGUGUUUCCCCGAAAAUAAGACCUGCCCAUACAAUAAGCCC